AUCAGUCAGUUUUCGUGUUUCUACCAGAACGUUUCCAACCAAGACAAGCCAUACAAGUCACUGAGGUACAGCUGAAAUUUUCUUUUUUGACCAACCAACAUGCAUCCGGUUAAACGCAAAUUUGUCACCAGUACGUUUCUGCUAAUAUUUUUUUAUUUUCCAAAAUCCAUCAACGGAGAUAUUGAGAGCGGCCCAUGCGAUGCAAAAAACGCAUGUGUCAAGCACGAUAAACUUCAAAGUAAAAUUUUCUUUGAGCCACAACUUUUGGAACGAGAGACUCGUAUGGUGAACGUUAGAAACCGAGUUGGUAGCGAAAAACUCGUCAACAAUCGGCGAAUCGUCGACAGUGACUCCCGCAUUUCCGACGAUCUACAGUCCCGAAAUUUCGACUUUCCCAGAUUGUCCAGAAGUAGUCGCACUUUGAGUCAUGGAGAACGCACAAAUGAGCGCAACGUUCCAGAAAAUCAAAGCCGUCGUGAUUUUCAAGUUAGAGCUUCCAUCAAUCGCGAUACGCGAAGUUCCAGAAGGGCCUUAGUGGAUAACCUAGAUCGCGAAUCGCGAAGUGGAGAAUCCAGGUUUCGCGACUCACGAGACAUAAGACUGAUUGAAACGUCAAAUAGAAUGGGCGAAGAUACACGAAGAGUCGUCGUUGGAGAACGACGGGAUUCACGAAUACGCAAUUCUCGAGACCGACAGGCACGGAUCUUAGAAAGAACUUCGCCCGAGCGGGAAACGCGUUUGACAAGGACCAAUGCUGAAUCAGAUAUCAGAUUGACUCACCGAGUAGAACGCCGUAAUUCCGAACAACUACGCGAUAAUUCUCGACGAGUACGAUCAGUGGAGUUGCGCCUUACUCCUCCAAGUGUAAGGUUAACCGAACGAGUAGAACGGCGCAAUGCUCAGCGCGAAGUUAACGGAAGAGAAUCACAAAUUGACCAACGCACAAUUAACCGGGAAUCACGUGGACGAAACGUAAGGUUGAGUGAACGAGUGAAUCGACAAAAUUUAGAGCGAGUCUCGCGACAGACGAACAAUAGGAAACGGGAGGAGCGCGAACGUAAUGAAGUCCGUUCUCGAGUGAAUGAAAACUCCAUGCAAUCGCGCAAAUUCCGUGCCGAUCGCGAUAGCACAGAGCGGCUUGCUGAUGAUCGAGAUAGGCGAUCGGUACGAAACGAGCGUGCAACGGAAGACCGUUCAAGAGAGCGCUCAGCUGAUAAUCGGGAUAGGCGACUAGUGCGUGACGAACGUGUAGCGAAACACCGUUCAAGAGAGCGCUCAGCUGAAUUUCGUAGAACCACCCGAAAUUUGGAUGAACGCAACACGGUCCUUCGUUCUCGAGAACGCCGUUUAGGAGAAGAUCGCCGCACUGUCCAAACUGAUCGGCGCAUUGUCGAACAGGAAAGGCGCACAACUGAACGACGAAUUUCGGACAUCAGCAACCGUCGACAAAACACACGCGAAACUAGACUAUCUUCAGAGGACUCAGUGGACAUCAACAACAACAUACGAGUAACAGACCGACGAGCAUUAGAUGACUCGCCUCGCGGCCACCACCCAGCCGCCGCCACUUACGACAACUACGCCUCGAAAUGGUCCAACUUACUCACCACCACAUUUGGCAUUUUAAUUCUAAUACAAAUUGUAACAACAUCCAACACCAAAAAAUAUGGAAUUCCCAAAAUUACUAGUUUCCUACACGGCGUCAAAGAGAAGGUAUAUUAAAGGCUGUAACACAACAAUAAGUAAAUGAUUUGCCCGCCACACAUCAAGGUCUUGUAAAUUUAUUUUUCUAUUAGUAGAGCAAUACGCCCAUAGUAAAAUUCACCAACCGUGUUCUUCAAUUGCAUUUUCACGAGAGAAAUUGGGAUAGGCACAUUCAUGCAAUUAAAGAACAUCGUCAUCAUAGUAUUAUACAUUGUUGUAUUUAAUAUAGAUAUACGUAGGUAAUACUGUUAAAAUCAUGUAGUCUCAAAAGUUUAUGAUUGAUGUCGUGAAUAAAGCAUAGACAAAAAUU